AAUGUAGCAAUUAAUGUGUCCAAUGACACCAUACCGUUGUCUCAACGGCCAUGAUUUUGAGUGUUACAAGAGGGAUUCUGAUUCUCUGUACGUUUGACCGCGCCUCCAACGGCUAUCUACAUGGUACAGCUGUUUUCUUCCCGCCCGGUCCCAUCCCUAUUCUAAAUACUACAACAACAAUUAUUACAAAAAUGAGUAACAGCGGCUCGUUUGGACAAUCAACAUGGAAAUGGUGGAUUUUUAGCAUUCUUUGUCACACAUGGCGAGAAAGAAGUGAAGCGUCCGCCAGGCCUGCGUUUAUAUGGGUUCGGAGAGGAGUUGAGAUUGAGAGGCAGAGGUGAACACCAUGGAAGUGGAGGCUUUUCAAGAAUGUUGGAAGGAAGAAUCUCUCACCUUUGUCAAGGAGGAGUUUUAUGAGAGCAUUCAAGCUCCCAGAUGGAUUGAUUUCACCCUUCCUGUCCCUCAGGAACCGCUAAUUGACGACAAUGCCUGGUUUUGUGUUCGAGCUGGAUGCGAUCAGAAACACGGCACGCUCUUGGAUCAUUCUUACUCGCUGAAGUCUCAAGCAUCCAAAUCUGUUGGUUUUAUUUCCAAGUCGCCAACAAUGGAGGGCAAAUCUAGCGUCAAACCAAGACUAAGAGCUCAGCUAUCUACCCCAACAUCAAAGGGCAAAGACAGAACACCAGGGAAAGCAAAACCUCCUCUUAUGUCUUCUAGUAAACUUAGACAGAAACAAUGCGAGGAGAAUGAGGAUCCAAACUCAGCAAAUAUUGGAACCUUUAAUUUCAAAAUGGAUGUCAGUGGUGCUGAAGGCUUUUCAUCUCCAAAACCAUCAUCCAAUGCAGAUGGGCUGGAUAAUUUAGAAAAGAAUCCACCAGAUAUCUUGACUGGAAAGCAGGCAGUUGCAGCAUCUGAUAUCAAUUUAACUCCACAAAAUCAAUCUAUAAAAGUCACUACUGCCUUUUCCACUCCUCGGAUUAAAAAAAAUCACUCAGUCAAACGAGAACCCUUCAGAAGUAACCCAGCUUUGUCAAAGGGGAUGAAUACUGCAGCUAGAAGCAAAGCAGUUGCACCAAGGCGCAUAUUGUUUGAAACUCCAACUAAAUCUGUAAAGAAGACUCCAUCAAAAGCCCUUACACCUGUAACAAAACACUUUUCUAACCCUAAGAAACAUGUACAGUUUGCUGCAAUUGAUAACAAAUACUCUUCACCUGCAAAGGUAACUCCUAGGGUGUGUUUUACUCCUUGUAGUCUCCAGCCUAGUGAGUCUUCUCUUUCGAGGGUUCAUAAUUUCCCAAGUUCUUCAAGACCAAAGGAUUCUAGAAAAGUGACAAAUCACCCUCCCUCGCAUAGAAAAGUCCUUGUCUCCGAACAAAGUAAUGAGAAAGAAAGUUUAAUAAGGGCAAAUAUACAGGAAAUGGAUUUGGUACAGGGGAAUGUUGGAAGCACUUGUAAGGAUGGGGUGUGGAGUGAGAAUCUAUCAUCAAUUAAACAGUCACACACUGGCAAUGAUGAUGAACAGAAUCCUCCUACAUAUCCUGGAGAAACUAGCAAAGAGAAAAAUUCCAAAGAAACCAUGAAGCGUGAAUCUGGAAUGGAAGAACAAUAUGCGGCACGGCAUGCUUCUAUAAUUUCUGGUAAGCGAUUAACCUAUGGCAUUAGUGAGAUAGAAAGCCACAAAGAAUCUGAGAGUUAUGGUGCAGAGGCAUCUACUUCUAAUCAAGAUAAAGCAAAUGGGGUGGAGCAAAUCUUCAAAGGUUUGAGAAAGGACAGAGAAAAUGAGAAGCAAAAUCAUUCCGAUGGGAAAAUUGAGAUAGCAAUUCUUGAAGUUGGAGAAAAUGACGAUCAGAAUAAAUUUGAUGUGAAAGCUGAUGAUAGUAAUCUAGAAAGGAGAGACAAUGAAGCUGAGAUGAGUUCUACCGCUGAUAACAGAGCAGCUAGAGAAAUGACGCUGAUAAAAAAUCGGUUUCCUUCUGAAUUAGAGUGCAACCUUCAAAAUGAUUCCGAUGGGAAAACUGAGAUGGAAAUUCUUAGAGACAGAAAGAAUGAUGAUGAGAUUAUUCAACAUGUGAAACCUAUUGAUGGAAGUCUACAGGAGACAGAAAACAAUGAUGGUUCUGCUUCCGAGUCAGUGUUAAGUGGUAGAAAUAUGAGAGUAACAGAAACUACUGUUCUGAAAAGUGAAUUUGAUGUGAAGCAUAAUGAACAAAAUUUAGAAGGGAAAGAUAAUAAAUUUGUUAUGUAUUCAGCUGCUGAAAACAAAGGAUCUGAUGCUGAAAAUACAAUCAUAAUUUCGAUGGGGUCUGAAUCUGAGUCUAAACUUGAAGUUGAUUCUGAUGGGAGAGCUGAGACAACAAUUCUUGAAGAUGGAAAACAUGAUGGUCAGGAUGCAUUGGUUGUCAGACAUAAUGACAACAAUCUAAAAGAGGGAGAAACUAAAAUUGUGAUGAAUUCUGGUCCUGAAAACGAGAAAGUGGGUGAAGUUCUGACAAUUUCUGAUUGUGUGAAUACAAGAGCCGUACUAGAAACUGGAAUUGAAGUUGAGCCUUCCAAGGUUGUGUCCCAGGAUAGAAAUGUGGGAAAACAGGAUGAUUUUUAUCCGAAGAACAAGCAAAAUUCAAAGGAGAAUGAAGAUCAUGUUAUAUUUGAUCAGCAUGUGAUCAGAGGAGCAAAAGAAGGGAAUGCAGGGGAAGUCAUUCAGUUGGAAUCUGAUUUGGAAUUUCAGAGCAAGAUACUCCAGAAAGACAUAAGUUCAGAUUCGGGGGAGCGUUUGGAGGUUACUGUGAAUGUUGCAGUUAAAUAUGUGAAAGAAGAUAAUAGAGAUUCAAUGCAAAAGAUAAAUGCAUAUAGCUUAGCAACUGAAAAUGGUGAAUUAAAGCAGUGCAACGAGCUAAAAGACCAUACUAUUGAGGUUGGUAGUUCUGAUUCCAGGACUAGCCUUUCAGAGGUUAAUCGCCAGUCUCAUCUUGCAGAAAAUGAGAUGAUUAAAUCUGAUGUUUGGGGCCACGCACACUGUUUAGAAACUUUUGAGGAGCACCACCAUGGAGGAUUAAAUCGUCUUCAAUUGAAAGGUAUAGAUGGUGGACUGGAUUGUGAUGAAUACUCCAUUAUCCCUCAAUCAAAAUCUGAUAGUUCUCUAUUAUUUGUGUCAGAGUCCUUAAGUAGCGAAGUUGUUUGUCAGCUACCAAGGGACUGUGAUGAAAUCCCUCCACUUGUUGAACUCAAAAAAAAUGAGGAGAUUAGGUUGCCUGACAGGGAUUGUUUGCCACAUUCGAAAUCUGAUGGAGCUGUGGAAGUUUUAGCUGUUGCAGGUUGCAAUGUAAAGAAAGAGAUUCUCUCCACUCCAUCAAAAGGAGAGAAGAGGACCUUCAACAGGACUAGUGGGGAGAUGAACUCAAAGAUAAAUUGUUCCAAUGGUGAAGUCUGUCAAGAUGAGAGUUGCUGCAUGGCAUUCUCCACCUGCCAGUCAGCACUGCCAACUAAAGUUAAUGGCACAUCUAUACCACGCGCAUUUAACCAUAAGAAGAUUAAACCUACAUUGCCUAGACCUUUUCGACUGAGAACUGCGGAAAGAGGAGAGCGUAAGGAGAUGGGCCUCAACAAAAAAACACAACUUGCAGAGGAAAAUGAAACCUCGCCUAUGAGGGAAAUAAGGGCAAACAAAGCACAGGGGACCCAUUCACAUAUUGAUCCAUCAAAGCGUGGGAAAUCUGAAACACCUAAACCUCAUGAAGGGAAACCCAAAUCCAGACCUAGGCAUAUUGAAGAUGUCAUGCCAAAAAUGUUGGAAGACAAAGGAGAAGAAAUAAAAAGUACUCCAGAGGAACCACUAAAUCAUCGGCCUGUUAAGAUGCCAAACUUUUCGAAACCACCUUUUAAACCUAUGAGAUCAACUAAAAAGCUGACAACACCCAAGGAGCCAAAUUUUCACCCCAUGCACUCCAAAAAGUAGUGUACGAAAGGAGUGGAAUCAUCGGACAGAGCUAUAGUUUGAAUUUCAAUGUGGUGUUUGUUCAAUCAAUGUUGAAAUCCCAAUAAUUCUACGAUUCUUUAUUUAUUCUUAUCAAGUGUGUAAAAUAACAGGCUUUUAUAUAUGCGGAUAUUGUAACUAUGCGGAUAUUGUAACUUAUAUGAUUUUGUAUGUUCCUUGUAUUUUAUUAUUAGAGAAGGCUUUUUACAGCAA